UGCGUGUUGACCCACAUGUCAGUAGCACCCCCAUUUACUCUUUUCUUUCUCCUCAGCUCGAUGGCCAUUGGAGUGCGAGGAGGAGUCUUCACCCUGACAAUGGCGAGAUUAAACGUUCGGCUGAGGAGCCGCCUCUUCAGGACCCUGAUGACGCAGGAAAUUGCCUUUUUUGAUGAAAACCACACCGGGGACAUCCUUUCACGGCUGUCAGCAGACACCACCCAGGUGAGCGACCUCAUCUCCCAGAACGUCAACGUGUUUUUGCGGAGCGUCAUCAAGGGCACCGGCUUCAUCAUCUUUAUGUUUCGGAUGUCCUGGAAGCUCACACUGGUCACCAUGAUGGGAUUCCCUUUCAUCGCUCUCGUCUCCAAGCUUUACGGCGAAUACUACAAGAAACUGACCAAAGAGGUGCAGACGGUCCUUGCAGAAGCUAACAAGGUCGCCGAAGAGACCAUCUCAGGCAUGAGGACAGUGAGGAGCUUCGCCAAUGAGAGCAGAGAGGCCAACUCCUACUACGCCAAACUCUUGGUCAUGUUCCAGCUCAACAAAAAGCAAGCCCUGGCCUACGCCUGCUACAUGUGGUCCAGUUGUAUAUCAGAGCUUGCUCUUGAGGUGGCUGUCCUUUACUACGGAGGCCAUCUUGUACUCACCGACCAGUUGAGCAGCGGCGGCUUGAUUUCCUUUUUUAUUUACAUGCUGGAGCUGGGAGAAUGUUUUGAGAGCAUUGCGUCGGUCUACAGUGGCCUCAUGCAGGGGGUUGGAGCAGCUGAGAAGGUGUUUGAGUAUCUGGACAGGAAACCCAAACAUCCAGCGGAUGGCACCGAGGCUCCAAACUCCUGCACUGGUCUGGUUGAGUUUAAAGACGUCACCUUCGCUUAUCCAACACGGCCAGAAACUGACGUCCUUAAGGGAGUGUCGUUCACUCUGCGGCCCGGAGAGGUGACUGCCUUGGUGGGGCCUUCAGGCAGUGGAAAGAGCUCCUGUGUUAGUCUGCUGGAAAAUUUCUACCUCCCUCAGGGAGGCCAAGUGCUGCUGGACGGGAAGCCUGUUAAUGAGUUUCAGCAUGACUAUCUGCACUCCAAGAUUGCUCUGGUGGGCCAAGAGCCUGUGCUGUUUGCCCGGACCAUUAAGGAGAACAUCUCCUAUGGACUGAGUGAUGUCUCUAUGGAGAUGGUGGUGCAGGCCGCCACCAAGGCUAAUGCUCAUGACUUCAUCACCACCCUCCCCAAAGGCUACGAUACAAGUGUUGGGGAGAAAGGCUUGCAGUUGUCUGGGGGACAAAAACAAAGGGUGGCUAUAGCCAGAGCUCUCAUCCGCCAGCCACGCGUCCUCAUCCUGGACGAAGCCACAAGUGCUCUGGACGCAGAAAGUGAACAUAUUGUUCAGCAGGCUUUGAACAGCAUCAUGCAGGAGCACACAGUGCUGGUGAUCGCCCACCGGCUCAGCACGGUGGAAAAGGCCGACAACAUCAUCGUGAUCGACAGGGGCCAAGUGGCCGAGCGGGGGACCCACAGUCAGCUGAUGGCCACCGGCGGCCUCUACUGCAAGCUGGUGCAGAGGCAGGUCCUGGGCAUCGAGACCGGGGCGGAGGUCCUCAAUCCGUCGGAGACUGUCCGGUGGAAGUCUGACAGAGGGCGGAGGAGACGAAACAGCAGCAGCAGCGGGAGCGAGUCAGAGCACAAUAAGUGCUACUGAGAUCGAGCAGCAGAGUGCAAAAUGUUGUCAACAUGACAGGUGAAUGAUAAUCAAGCUGGUCUGGUCUGGGCUACUGUGACAGGAAACAAAACCCUAAAAGUCAAAGCACUCCACUGAUAUCCAAAGAGAUUGUCACUUUAAAGGUUCUGUUAAAAAUUCCAUGUCUUCUUACUUAACGGCUUUGUUAAAGUAGUACAGGGGCUCUCAACAGCGUACAGUGUAAAAUAAAAUAAAAAUAAAAGCAAGAUAAAUAA